AUGUCUUCUUCUUCUGCCGGAGAAGUCACAACAGCAAGUGACAUCAAGAGGGAAAAUGUGAAGGAGGUGGAUAAGCGGGAGUGCAUCAAGCUUGUGGCGCUGGACGCGGCGGAGUUGUCCAUGGAGCGCAACACGGACGCGGUGCGCACGGAGCUGUUGGUGAGCGCCGCUUCCUCCCUGGCUUUCUCCCCGGAGCAAGUGGCGUGUGUCUGCGAGGCUUUGCAGCAGGGGGGUAAUGUGGACCGGCUGGCCAGGUUCCUGUGGUCCCUGCCACAGAGCGACCUGCUACGCGGCAACGAAAGCAUCCUGAAAGCCCAAGCCCUCGUUGCUUUCCACCAGGCGCGGUACCAGGAGCUGUACAGUAUUUUGGAGAACCACAGCUUCAGUCCGUCCAACCACACCUUUCUGCAAGAUCUGUGGUACAAGGCCCGGUACACCGAGGCGGAGAAGGCGCGGGGGAGACCCCUGGGCGCCGUGGACAAGUACCGGAUCCGUAGAAAGUACCCUCUCCCCAGGACUAUCUGGGACGGCGAGGAGACUGUGUAUUGUUUCAAGGAGAGGUCCCGGAACGCGCUGAAGGAUCUGUACAACCAGAAUAGGUACCCCUCUCCUGCCGAGAAAAGAAACCUCGCCAAGAUUACUGGACUCUCCUUGACCCAGGUCAGCAACUGGUUCAAAAACAGAAGGCAGAGAGACAGAAACCCGUCCGAGGCACAGUCAAAAAGUGAAUCUGAUGGAAACCACAGCACAGAGGAUGAGUCGAGCAAAGGCCAGGAGGAGUUGUCUCCCCGGCCUCUCUCUAACUCCUCAGAUGGGGUGAUCACCCAUGGGACCCUUCCCAUUCAAACAGGGCCUCUGGACAGUGGGGUGGUCAUCCAGCAGAUCGGGGACAUCAAGCUGCCUCCUGGAUCCAGCAGUGGCGGUCUCUACAACGGAAGUCUCGUGAGCAGUAACGCCUCCUCCACCGUGUUUCACAAUGGUAGCUCGUCUUACCUGCACACACCUGGAAACAUCCUCUUCAACGGGCUCAAUCUGGGCAUCCAGCCGCUGGCCUUCAACCCUCUGAGGCCGUCUGGAGGGGUGCUGCUGGGGGGCUCCGGUAUGGACAUGCAGAUGCAGACAGGGCAGGAGAAGGGACUGGGGAGCUCUGCUGAGGACUCGGCCCUGCAGUACGCCUCCUACGCAGGCUGUGUGAACGGAGCGGAGGUGAAGCUGGAGGGAGUUCACACCAUGGCCGCUCAGAACGGAGGCUCCUCUGUGCUCACGUUCAGCUCCUCGUCAGGUGCGCUGCAGCUGGGUGGCUACAGUCUGGUCCAGGUUCCAAGUGGAGUCUCUGACAGCGACGGCAGCUCAUUACUCAACAGCGACGUAGGUCUUCCUCCACUGCAGCUCUCUUCUGCCCCAUCCUCCUCACAACAAGGUUCCAUGCCUCUGAACAACAUAGCGGUGAGUUCCUCCAGCGACGACUCGUUCCAGCAGCAGGACAAGUUGGCCAUGACGUCCCUGCACCACAGCACAGUCCUCUACAGCAUGAGCAACGCCGGCCAGCCGUCCAUCAAGAAGGAGCCUCUGGAGGGCGGCGUCUACACCUCGUACCACCACGGGCUCCACCUGGACCCCAGCGGGCAGCUCAGCUACACCACCCCCAACUCAGAAGAUGUUCCCUCCAGCCAAGGUCCCGCCUCGACCACCGAGGUCUCUGCCGUUAGCUCGUCCAGCCCCGAACCAGAGGUCUACACCACCCUCACCGUCAGCACGCCUCUGAUGGCCCAAACGGACAGCCACCACCUACAGCCCGCAGAGUAUCUCGGGGGCCACGAGGUCCGGGGGCCGUCCUCGCACCUGAUGGGCCCCUGCAUGAACAGCAACUACAUGAACCUUUCAGAGAACAAGGUGGAGGGCUCGGGCUCCGGAGGCGUGAGCGAGAUGGUGCGGGUGAUGUGUGGGGACAUGGAGGCUGUGGAGGGGAAGGAGCUAGCCAAACUACAGACAGUCCAGAUGGAGGAGGACAUGGCUGACCUUUAA